GGACUUGAUUGGACUAUGGUGUUUGUUUUUCCAGGAGAAGAUGAUGAUGAUGAUGAAUGUGGGGAAGAGAAGCUGCCCUCCUGUUUCGAUUAUGUGAUGCACUUUUUGACCGUCUUCUGGAAGGUCCUUUUUGCCUUUGUGCCCCCCACAGACUACUGGAAUGGUUGGGCCUGCUUUGUCGUCUCCAUCUUGAUGAUUGGCCUCCUGACGGCUUUCAUUGGGGACUUGGCAUCCCAUUUUGGCUGCACCAUCGGCCUGAAGGAUUCUGUGACUGCAGUUGUGUUUGUUGCACUUGGAACUUCGGUACCAGACACGUUCGCCAGCAAAGUGGCUGCUACACAGGAUCAAUAUGCAGACGCCUCAAUUGGGAACGUCACAGGGAGCAAUGCUGUGAAUGUCUUCCUGGGGAUUGGGGUGGCCUGGUCCAUCGCUGCCAUCUACCGUGCAGCCCAUGGGGAAGUAUUCCGUGUCUCCCCUGGCAACUUGGCUUUCUCCGUCACCCUCUUCACCAUUUUUGCUUUUAUCAGUGUGGGUGUGCUGCUCUACCGCCGGAGACCUGAAAUUGGAGGUGAGCUGGGUGGGCCGCGGACUGCCAAGCUUCUGACGUCCAGCCUCUUUGUGCUCCUUUGGCUCUUGUACAUAUUCUUCUCAUCUCUGGAAGCCUACUGCCACAUAAAGGGCUUCUAAAGGAACAAUCAAAGAUAGUAAAUAUAUAUAUAUAUCUAUAUGUAUCUAUAUAGAGAAAUAUAUAGAUAUAGAUAUAGAUAUAACAUGUCUAAAGAACAGAGAAAGAAGAAAAGGCCUUUGCCAUGUUCACUUACCUGCUGAUGGAAUGCAGCUUUGGAGCAUUCUUUGUACUAAAUAGGAGUAAGAAUUCAGCAAGAUUCUUAACCAGGGGCGACAUCCGAUUAAAGGAGGCAUGGAUACAAGGCCAUCUUUGCAACGCUGCCUGCAAGAGUGUACGGUAAUGACUGAGUCCUUUGUUAUUUUUUUCCCCUCUCCUGGGAGGAUUGGCCUGAAUGCAAUGUGGGCUUUUUUUUUUUGAUAAGGUAGAGGCCAGACUGGCCAUUAAGAAACUGAGUGGUGAACCAGGGAAAGAGAGAAAUAAGAUAGCUCAUGACUUUCUUACAAAAAUCUAUUUGCCUUCAUGACUUGAGAACAUGCAUAUCUGUCCCCAUUGGAGAAAAGCAAGAGUCUGGACUGAACAAGGAAGGUCAGGGGUGUGAGAGCUUUCUAAGAAUAUACCGUAAAGCCUGCUGCCAUUCUUGUUUUGACGCCCUGUUGAUUAGCCAGUUAUUAGAACACUGGGGUUUGAAAAAACCGGGCGAUCUUUUUCCUUAUUUAUUUUGGGCUGUCUUACGAUCAGCAUAUGACCCUCCAAAGACCCACCCACAAAAUCAGCGAGCUCUCCCUUUCCUCCCGUCUGUGCUCUGUAGACGCGUGUCCAAAUCCUUCGUCCAAGUCUCAGUUUCAGUUUCAAAAGAAUCUUGUGGGCUUUCCUUUCAUCGGCCAUCUGCUCCCUGCCCGGCGCAGUGCAUUGCUCCUGUCUCAUGCUCCUGUUUGGGAAUGCUGUUGCGGUACUUGUAACACUUUGCAUGAAUGAAGCAAACCAUAUAUGUAUAUAGCAUCGAAUAGUGAUAGUCCACCCAGCAAUGUGGAUUGAACGUUGAAGACAUGAGUGAGUUUUCUUUUCACCCAGUUUUAUUCUUUUUUUUUCUUUAGUUUUGUUGGGAUAAUGGGAGGGAAACAGUUUAUCCUUCGUUGCUCUGUGCAUGGGUUUCUAAGAAGCAAUAAUGAAGAACUAUGUGACUGUGGAUGUGAAGGGGAAGAAUCUGUGCAAAGAACACCAUAAAAGGCUUCCAGAGUGAAACAGUGGAUCCACUGAAAGCAGUUAUGAAACUCCCAUUGCCUUCAGUGGUGCCAGGGUUUCCACCAAGGUAGUCUGGUCCACAACUCACUGAAGUCCACGUGCAGAAUUUCACUGACUUCAGGAAGUUUUAGCACAGGCCCACAAAGACUGGCAUACUGCCUUUAGGGCUGCAUCCUGCCUCCUUUGCUCCUGGGUCAUAGAACUUGGUUCUACAAUUGGUCCUUUAGAAAUCAGUGGGGCAAAGUCCUACUCAGCCUGAUGAAGAGUGGCAGCAUCAGCCUCCCUCUAUAAGUAAAACAUGCCUGGGCUUCACCAGCACCAGUUUUUUCCCAGAACACGUGUACGUUUUCUCUGUCUACCACCAAUAGCAGAUAUCAUUAUUAGCGAACAGUGGUUGUAGAAUCCCUGCUUUCCAUUCCUAGUGUCAUGUGCACCCAUCACUGACGUUCAACUACAGCCCUGUGAGCAAAUAUUAAGCCAUGAGCAAUUGGUGGGUCUUUAAAGCUGUAUCUCUUCAAGGGUCACUUGAAGACUGAACAGUUCAGUGUCAGGUUUAGAGGAAUAUCAUUGUUUCCAAGCUCUCCGGUGCUCUUGGUUCUGCCAUUGCAAUGUUCUUAACAGAGAAGGGCAGAUCUUGCAUUGUCCAGCAGCGAAUGCAUUUAUCACUGGGGAUUAUUAUUUAUUAUUCACUGCACACCAACAAUGCGCUCGCUCGAUACUAUACAAUGCACAGAUGUCGAGAUAAUCCCUGCUCUGGAGAGCUUGUUUUCUAGAUAACAGACAUCAACCACUGAAAAGGAAAGAGCUCUCCCUAGCUUAUUUGCUUUUUUUGUGUGUGUUCUUUAUGAAGCAGUAACUCAGGAGGAGGGAUUUGAACCAGGAGAAGGUUUGGCCUGGGGUUCCACAUGUGCAGAGCAACACAGAAUGACCUUUA